CUCUGGCUGCAAAAAGUAGUCCAACUAUUCAACCAAAGCAUUUUACCUCCAUCUGUUAAGAGUUUCCCUGAAGAUGGCUGAAGCUGUACUCAGUUUUGUUAGUGUAAUCUUGAAUAAGAUACUUCCGCUUACUGCCGACGAGAUCAGCCGGGUAUGGGGUGUAAAGAAAGACCUUCAGAAGCUUGCCAAGAAAGUAGAGAUGGUGGAAGCUUUGAUUUUUGAUGCUAAAUGCAAGAAAUCAACAAGCAAAGCCGUGCAGCUUUGGCUGAAAAGGCUCCAGUCCGUAGCACGUGAUGCUGAGAUCGUGUUGGAUGACUUCGGAUAUGAAGUUUUGCAGCAGAAGGUUGAGAAUCGGAAGCGCGACAAGGUACGCAACUUCUUUUCUUCCUCAAAUCCUAUUUCCUUUCAUCUAGAGAUGGCUAACAAGAUCAAGAAUGUUAGCGCAUCUCUAGAGGAAGCUUACAGAGAAGCAAAUCAGAUAGGGCUUCAUCCAGUUCAGCUAACCAUGACAUCUGCUGAUCACAAAGAGGAUCGGUCGACUGAUCCUUUUAUGGAUGAGUCGGAAAUGAUGGGAAGGGAAGUUGAGAAAUCUCAUGUUGUAAGGAUGUUAAUUAGCUCAGACUAUAAGAAGGAUUUACCUGUCAUGUCAAUAGUUGGUUUGGGUGGCCAGGGAAAAACAACCCUUGCACAGCUGGUGCUAAAAAAUGGGAGUGUAGUGAAGCAUUUUGAUGAAACAAUAUGGAUUUGUGUGUCUGAUGAUUUCAAAGUGGAAAGGCUGUUGAAUGAGAUGCUUCAAUCCCUCGGGAAAAAGAAUGCUGAGACGACAAACAGGGAAGCAUUGGUGAGGAGGCUUCAAGAAAAUUUGCAAGGAAAAAGUUGCUUGCUUGUGCUUGAUGAUGUUUGGAAUGACAAUCGAGAGAAAUGGGAUCGCACGAGGAAAUGUUUGUUGGCAAUAGGGGGUGCUCUAGGAAGCAAAAUAUUGGCUACCACACGUAGUGAUGAGGUAGCCUCAGCAAUGCAAACAUCUGGUUUGUAUCAUCUAGAGAUCCUCUCAGAUGAUUAUAGCUGGAUGUUGUUUGAAAAACUAGCUUUUGCAGACGGUGGUGCAAGAAAGACUCUAGAUCUAGUGGACAUUGGCAGAAGGAUACUGAAAAAGUGUGGUGAUGUGCCACUAGCGAUCAAAGUGAUUGAGGGUCUAUUGUACUCUAAAAAGGAUGCCUCAGAAUGGUUGACGAUUGAGAAAAGUGAAAUAUGGAAUAAGUCAAGCAAUAUUGCAAAUGGAGUCUUUUCUGUCCUGAAGCUGAGUUAUGAAAACUUACCUUCAUUGUCAAUGAAACAAUGCUUUGCAAGUUGUUCCAUUUUCCUGAAGGACACUGUCAUGGAAAAAGAAAGCUUGAUACAGAUUUGGAUGAUCCAGGGAUUGAUUAAUGAUGCCAAGGGAGGAGCUCAUUUGCAAAUGGAGGAUAUAGGCAGUGACUAUUUCAACAUAUUAUUUCGGAGUUCUUGGUUGCAAGCUACUUUUGGGAAUUCCAUUAACAAAAUCAAGUUCUGCCGGAUGCACGACCUUGUGCAUGAUCUUUCAUUGCAAGUGUCAAAUAACUGUUGCUUAAAUACAGAGGAUGGCAUGGAAGUCAGUCAUGAUGAUGAAGUUAUGCAUUUGACCAUCAUUCUGAGUCAAGGGAAGAUGCUAAAGAAUAUCAAAGGGAUUCCUCCAAAUUGGCAGACGUUUUAUCUUGUGGGUGAUGGCAUGCUCGAAGACAUCUCCAAAACGUCUAGACACCUUUGUGUAUUAAAAGUAGACUGCACGAAUGGUACUCAUCUCUCGAAUGCAGUAGGUGAUAUGAAACAUUUAAGACAUCUUGAUAUCAGCAAAACCCGUGUCACUGCUCUACCAGAUUCCAUCACAAAGCUCUACAAUUUGAUAACCUUGAAAGUAUUUUGCGUGAAGGAGAUACCUAAGAAGUUUAGCAAUUUAAUUAACUUGAGGCAUUUCCAGUUUUUAUUUGGUGCUGCUUUGGUCCAAUCAUGUUUGUUCCCUGGAACUGGGCAGUUGUCUAAUCUUCAGACAUUGCCCUACUUUGUGGUAAGCCAAGCCAAGGGAUGUCAACUUGAGGAGUUGGAACACUUGAGCAACCUCUGAGGCGAGUUAGAAAUAUUUGGACUGGAGAAUGUGAGCAGCUUUGAAUCAGCAGCAAAAGCAAAUUUGUCCAAAAAAUAAGACUUUCAUGGGAUGACACGAAAGAACAUUGUGACGACAACAAUAUCAAUAGUGUCAUGAAAGGUCUCCAACCUCACCCAAACUUGAAAAGUUUAGGUAUUAGGGGUUUCAAAGGUUCAAGGUUUCCAUUGUGGAUGGUAGCAAAGGAUCACUUGAUGGUACUUCGGAAUCUGGUACACCUCAGGUUGGAGAAAUUGGGUAAGUGUGAACAAGUACUACCACUGGGGGGACUUGUUUUGUCUCGAGUCCUUAGAGAUGGUGUCCUUACACAAUGUGAAACGCAUUGGGGCUGAAUUCUACGGUCUUGAACAUCUCGAUAGUGCCAGGAGCAGUAGUAGAGAGGCGAAACCAAUCAAUCUGUUUCCAAAACUAUCGCGUUUUGUGUUGGAGGACAUGGAAAGUCUAGAGGAGUGGUCAAAUGCAAUGGUUCCCUCGAAUUCUUCCUCAUCAAUUAAGGUAUUCCCUAAUCUCCAGUACUUGGCAAUCGAAAGGCUCCCCAGUUUGGCUGUUUUACCAGGUAUGGAGAACUUGACAUCUCUUGAGGAGUUAGAGAUACGAAGAUGCGGAAUUGUGGCAUGUAUAAGGAAUUUGAAUAGCCUUACAUCUCUUGAAUCCUCAUCCUUAGAAAAAUGCCCUGCUUUAGAUUAGAAGACUGCCCUGCAAUCCCUACAUACUCUAAACAUCUCAAGAUGUGAUAAGUUGAAUACUUCAUUGAGUAAUAAUCUUGAGAAGUUCACAUUGCUCGAGCGGUUGACGAUCUUUUCUGACGACCCUGGUUGUUGGGCAAAGGGUCUACAAUAUCUUGCCAACCUCUGCGAGUUGGAACUCGGUGGCUUCUCUGACAACCUUGAUUAUUUCCCGUGGCCAGACUCCAUCACCAAGGAUGAUGGUGAUUCUGCAAAACAACAUUUCUUCUCUCUGGAAAAACUUGAAUUGUUUGGAUGGCCAAAAAUCACGUCUCUUCCAGACCAAAUUCAGCAUCACUCUACCUUGACAAUUCUAGAGAUACGGGAGUUUGAGGGGUUGGAAGUUCUUCCAAAGUGGAUAGGUAGCCUUCAAAAUCUUCGAGAAGUGUGCGUUGGCAAUUGCACUAACCUCAAACAAUUGCCCUCUGCAGAAGCAAUACAACACCUCACCAGUUUAAAUCUACUGUAUAUCGCCGACUGUCCUCUUUUAGCAGAGAGAUGCACCAAAGGAAGUGGCGAAAAGUGGCCCAAGAUUGCAUGUAUUCCCCUUAUUGAUACUGAUUGAACAAAGUUUGACUCGUUUCACAUUAGGGAAACAAACCGCCCUGGACAACAAGCUUUCCUCACCAAGACCGACCAAAGUAUUUCCAUGAGGACACCUGAGUUACAGCUUUACAGUGUUAUAUGCAACCAGACAACUCAUUUUACGGUGUUAAGUGUCCUUGAGUGCCCUGUUGUGUUAGAUUGAGAAUCAGCAUCCGUCCAGUUAUGAAUGACUGAGUGCCUGUGAAUCGACGAUGGUGCAGCAGAGCUUGCAUGCGGUGAGCUGAGGCCAGAUGGACAUUUUGGGGGAUUUUGAUGAAACCUGUUCUAACUAUGUUGAACAGCAUGGUUAUUACCUCUUGUAAAAUUUCCAAGUCUUGCUUUCAGAACUAGCUAUUACCAACUUUAUUUAUUCUGAUUUUGCGAGGAACUUGAUAAAGAUUGUUGAACAAGUA